UUCCAUCUCUUCCCUUGCAUUUAGCCUCCCGCGGUUCAGGAGGCGCGGGCCAUUCCCAACCAUCGUUGCAGUGGUGGCAGGUAUUGGCCUGUCGAGACCCAUGGGCAUUCAGGUCGCGGCGGUGGUGACCCCGCCGCCGUGCUCUUCCCCCUCCUCCUCUCCGGCGUCGCCUUCGUCCUCGGCCAUUGCCACGUCGCCGCGGCACGCCGUUCUUGGCGCCAGGCUGGCGAGGAGCCAGUCGUCGCUGGCUUGCUGGAACGCCGGUCUUGGCCGGCGGCGCGGCGGGCAGCACGCGAUCAGGCGCGCUCUCAGCGCGAGCAUCGACAGCGUCGGGAGCGGCGGCGGGGAGGACGAGGAGUUCCUGAGGAGGAUCCAGGAGCUCGCGGCGGGUCAGCACCCGGGCGCCGGCGGCUGCGGGUGGCCGGCGAGCGUGGAGCGGAGCGCGAGCAGCGUCGGGCUGCCGCUGUCUCUGCGGAUGCUCAAACGGAGGAAGCAGCAGCAGCAGCUGGAGCAGGGGCGGUGGAACGAGCGGCUGAUCGACUGCGCCGGCGAGUCCGCGCGCGCCGCGGUGGGCCGUGCCUUCUCCUCGAUGGUGCUCAUCAUCCGGGAGCUCCAGAGCUUCACGCUGCAGAUGCGGGAGGCGGUCGUCUACGAGGACCUGCAGGGCGUCCUGGCGCGCGUCCACGCCGAGAUGCACGCCUCCUUCGUCUGGCUCUUCCAGCACAUCUUCUCCGGCACCCCGGCCCUCAUGGUCUCCCUCAUGCUGCUCCUCGCCAACUUCACCGUCUACUCCAUGGGCGACAGCGUCGCGGCGGCUGCCAGCCUCGUCCCACCACCCCAGGCAGCCGUGGAGAUGGUGGACAUCCAGCAGCAACCGGAGCAACAGCAAUCCCAUUCCCAGCAGCGGUUCGACACCCCCGCGCUCAAGACGUUCUCCACUGGCCGCACGGCCUCAGUGGGUGGAAACGGCGACGGGGGCGGCAAAGUGCGGCCAGUUGCCGGCGCCACCGGCGACGGCCAGUCGGACGAGUCGUCGCAUCGGCAAAACGGAGCGGUGGUGCUGCCGCAGGACGUGUCGCAGUCGCAGGCGACGCCACUGGCGUCCGUGUCCGACUCGAUGGCCGUGGAGGAUGCACAAGCGCAACAGACUGUACACGACGACGAGCUGGCCAUCUGGAAACGGAUAUCCGAUGAAGCCGCCAGGAUGCAGGCGAGCGUGCGUGCAGAGGAGCUGAUGGACCCGGAAACCCUGGAGCAGCUCGUCGCGCCGGUGGAGGCGCCAAAGCCAGACACGGUCCACUACUCGCCGGAGCACGUGGCCACGGCGCAGAGGUACGAACAGGCCCUGUCCGAGGAGCCCAACAGCUCGCUGCUCCUGGCAAACUUUGCGCAGUUCCUGUACCAGGUGCAGGGCGACCUCGACAGGGCGGAGCACUUCUUCAAGAGGGCGGUGCGCGCGGAGCCCGCGGACGCGGAGGCGCUGGGGCGGUACGCGGCGUUCCUGUGGCAGGCGCGCGACGACCUCGCGGCCGCGGAGGAGACGUACCAGGAGGCCAUCGCCGCCGACCCCGGCAACGCGCACCACGCGGCAGCCUACGCGCACUUCCUGUGGAACACGGGCGGUGAGGACACAUGCUACCCGCUCGACUGAUGCGUGCGUGCGUGCGUCCACCGCCGCUAGCGUCCAGCACAGAUCAUCGGUGCCCUGCCCUCCCAUAAAAACUUCAAACGAAAAGAAAGAGAAAAUGGUCACUCCGCCGCCCUGCUGACCGCUGUCCACUCCACUCCCUCGGCAAGUCCAGGCUCUUCUCACGGCAUGUGCUUCAGCGGCCGCUCGGGAUUUCCUCUUCCUCUGUGAUUGCUCGUUUUGGGGUAAGUAGUGUGGAGCAAUGGCCAACGGAAAUCCGCGGCUCGCUGCUGCUUCCCGAUCUGGAAACCCGGCCGGCGACUGCGAGUUGAGAGGCCGGGAACGGCGGCAGCGCUCGGUUGUCGGUGGGGCCCGUCCACUUGGCGUCGCACGGAUGUUUCCUGGUGGCACUUUUGCACGUUGUCGUCGAGAUUUGUGAGACGCCGCUUUGUUCAGUGGAGCAGGAAAGUAUGCAUACUUAUAUACUGGCAGCGAUUUGCUUCUUGUAACUGUGUCUGUGUAGAUCAAUAAAAUGUAUAAGAAGCUCUCCAUUUUUUUUCAU